UGUAGGGAUUUGCAUUAAUAGCAAAAUUGUGCCUCUAAAUAUUUUGGCUUUAGUUGGUAAUAAAUAUUUAAUACAAAAAUUAAAAACAUCAUAUUCUUCCAGAAAGGAUUGAAUUGUUUUGCUCAGUUUGAGUCUUCUGAGAGGUCGACGCAUUUAGUCCAGCGAUCACCAUGAAUACCGGAAAGCCGAGACUUCCACCACGCAGACCAACUCUUAUUCAUGGAGGUCCUCCAAAACGAUACCGUCUUCAAACAGAGAGAAAAGUGCUUGAUGAUCAUGGAAAAGUCAGAAAAUGGACUUAUGGGGUAAAAGACAACAAAAAACCAAAUAAAAUUGUUCUGCUGGUGGGAGAAACCGGCGCUGGCAAGACGACUCUCAUCAACACCAUGGUCAACUACUUAAUGGGAGUGAAGUUUGAGGAUGAAAUAUGGUACGAAAUCACAGAAGAAGAAGCCAGAGACCAAUCAGAAUCCCAAACCUCUGAAAUCACCAUGUAUGAGGUCUGUCCAAUAAAGAAUCCCAUAUCUCUCACCAUCAUUGAUACUCCAGGAUAUGGAGACACUAGAGGACUGGAAAAAGAUCUGGAAGUUGCUGAGAAUUUAUCCAUGUUGUUUCAGAGCAAUGACGGAGUUCAUGUAGUCGACGCUGUGUGUUUUGUGACUCAAGGGUCUAAAAAUCGUCUCUCGGACAGACAGCAUUACAUCAUCAGUUCAAUUCUGUCUUUGUUUGGAAAAGACAUUGUGAACAACAUUGUGUUUCUAAUCACACACUCUGAUGGUCUGCCACCCAAAAACGUCCUCGGCGCCAUUAAUAAAGCUAGAAUCCCCUGCAGACGAGACCACAAGAACCAGCCUGUUCAUUUCUUAUUCAACAACCGGCAGGCGGACGCCCGCCACACUGGAGAGCGUCGCGUUCGUGCUCAAAGAGAUGCCUGGGAGGACAGCAUGGACGGCAUGAAGGACUUCCUUCAGUCUCUGACUCUAAAGAACAGAAGAAGUUUAGAGUUGACUUCAGAUGUCCUGAUAGAGCGCAUUAUAUUAGAAGCGUCCAUGAGCAACUUACAGCUACGAGUUCACGAGAAAGAGCUAAAAAAGGCUGAAAAACUUCAGAUUCAGCGGGCAUUGAUGAAAAACAGGGAAAAGAUUGAGGAACGUAAAAACUUCAACAUUACAAUAAAAAAGACUGUUAAAAUGAAGGUUUCCAUUGAAAGCGCUUCAUGGAAGAGCAGGAAGGCGACGACCUGCACCGUCUGUGAGGAAAACUGCCAUGAGAUUGGCUGCUGGUGGGUUUCUGAUCCCAGCAAAUGUGAAGUCAUGAAAAACGGCUACUGUACCGUGUGCACAGGGAAGUGUCACCACAGCAAACACCUCAAAGAAAACAAGAAAUACGUCGCCAACACCUCGAGCUUCGUGAUGGAAUUUGACUCUAUAAAAAAGGAAUAUGAAAAAGCUCAAGAACAAACAAAGACAUAUUUGGUUUUAAUGGCACAUCUUGACAAAGAUCUGAAGGAUAUAGAAACCCAAAAGUCAAUUCUUUUGUCCGAAGCUUACCAGACCAUCAAGCAUCUGUCUCAGAUCGCAUUAAAGCCAGACUCGGCCUUCACUCUUCAGCAUCUGGACUUCUUCAUCCCCAGAGUGAGGGAGGCUGGGAAAGAAGACUGGGUCCGAGAGCUGGAGGAAAUGAGGAAAACCGCUGUAGCUGAAGAAGCCAAUAAGGACGCUCUGAGUUAUCUGAGAGCUGGUCUAGCUAAACUGUUCCUUGGUGAGCAUCAAUGAUUGGAUUUAGUGCAAAUGAAACAAAGAACAUGUAAAAGACUGCUGCUUACAAUGAGAAAUCAAUGCUUUCUGUACAUAGUUGUUUUUACAGGACUUGUAUAUCCCAGGAGUUGACAACUAAUUGUUGUUUUUGCAAUAUGAAAGUCACAUUAAAAGAUGCC